AGAUAAGAGCAAGGAGUCUGCAAUCCACUCCAUCUGAGUGGCUUGGAGCUUCUGGUUGGGCUCUUUGCAACAGUGAAGCAAUGGCCAUUUUCUCCAGUCUAGAUCUGCAGGAAGGCCUCCGAACACUCUCUGUCUUACAGUGGAUUCCAGUUUAUGUACUUUUAGGAGCUCUUUUCAUCUUCGGUAUGUCCUAUCUCCUGCUGUUCACUACCUUAUGGCCCUUGUCUGUGCUCUUCUUAGUCUGGAUUGCCUAUGAUUGGAACACCCACAUUCAAGAUGGUAGACGUUCAGCUUGGGUACGAAACUGGACCCUUUGGAAGUAUUUCCAAAGCUACUUCCCAGUAAAGCUGGUGAAGACACAUGACCUUUCUCCCAAACACAACUACAUCAUUCUCAGCCACCCCCAUGGCAUUCUCAGUUAUGGUGCCUUCAUCAACUUUGCUACUGAGGCCACUGGCUUUUCCAGGGCUUUCCCUUCUAUAACUCCCUUUUUAGCAACCUUGGAAGGGAUCUUCUGGAUCCCAUUUGUGCGAGACUAUGUGAUGUCCUUGGGUAUUUGUCCAGUGAGUAAGUUGUCUCUGACGAACAAGCUGACCCAGAGAGACUCAGGCAAUGCUGUGAUCAUUGUGCCGGGUGGAGCUUCUGAAGCGCUCUUGAGCCGCCCAGGAGUCUCCAUGAUCUACCUCCAAAAACGCCAAGGUUUUGUGAAGCUAGCACUGAAGACAGGAGCAUAUCUUGUCCCUUCUUAUUCCUUUGGUGAGAAUGAGACUUACAACCAAGAGACCUUUGCUGAAGGCACAUGGCUAAGGUUCUUCCAAAAAAACAUCCAGAAAAUUGGCAAAAGAAUUCUAGGCAUAAGUUUAUGUACUUUUCAUGGCAGAGGCCUCACUAGGGGAUCCUGGGGCUUGUUGCCUUUCAACCAUCCUAUUACCACUGUUGUUGGAGAACCCUUGCCAGUCCCCAAGAUCUCUGAUCCCGACAAGGAGACCGUGGAAAAGUACCUUGAACUUUACAUCAGUGCCCUACGCAAGCUGUUUGACCAACACAAAACUGAGUAUGGCCUCUCCAAGACCCAGAAGCUGACAAUUAUAUGAGUCAAAAUCUCUGUAACUGAAGCUCAAAUACACAAGGGAUUCAGGUGAAGCUACAUGGAAGGAAGAAUUUGGGGAGAGACAGAUUUGAAAGAUGUGAAGAUAUACCAACCAAGCCAGAAAUUGACAAUCCAGCAACUGAAUCCCCACCCAAGUAGCCAAGACAGAUUUGAGUAAUAAAGGGGAGGCCUUUUACUGGGAAGGGGGUAUCUCUGUCACAUGUCGUUGUUUAAUGACGAUAAGCCAAGUCAUUCUGAUCAGAUUCCCAAUAAAAGUAAUGAGAAGACAAAGUAUUCUGUGUUCUUUCCCCACAAACCUUAGUGGCAUCUUUAGUAUUUAGGUUUAAGCUUAGCAGCGUUACUUAGAACAAGGCUGUUUUGAAAAGUUCAAGCCAGGCCCUUCCUUUAUGACUUAAGGACUAGGUAAACUGGGGAUCCUGAACUGUAGCUUUCUAAUUCAAACAGGCAAAAACUCCACCAGUUAUGCUAGCAUUUCAGAGGACAGUGCU